AGCAUGGCAUUCAUUUUUAGCUGGGAUAUAGAGCUCUCAUCAGUGCACUCUACUUUGGUUCAUUUGAUUUUCUCGAUCCCCACUUGGUUCAUUUGCUCCAAAGAGGAAUUUUGACCUCUUUCAUGUCAGAGGCGACCUCCUCGUUGUUGUAGUUAAUGCUCUCUCUGUGUGAGUUCUGGUUUUAAGAGUACACUUUCAACUAUCUCCACCAAUUAUUAUCUCUUCUCCUCCUUAAUUUGCCUUCUUCUUCUACUUCUUCUUCUUCUUUUUUAAGUGCUCUCUUUACUCUACUUUAUCACUUUGUUUGUUUUCUUCUCUGUUUUUUAGAAUUUGAUCCUUCCAACACAUUGUUUGUAAUCAUCAGCUUGAGUUUUUGUAUCUUGUCUUGUGAAUUCUAUUGCAGCUUUUUCAUCUUUGAGCAUCUGUUUGCUGCGGGAAUUGUACUCUGUUUUGAAGAUUCUCUUCCUUACUCGUAUUUACUCUGUUUUUUCCUUCUCUCGCUUGCUCUCUUUUGAGGGCUUAACUUCAUUACCUUUGUAUUGUCUUCUUGAGUGGAGGGUUAAUUCCCGACUUGGAGAGUUUCCCCAGGCAGUUCUCUUUUUCGAAUUUCUGUCAAAAGUUUUCCAGGUCGAUACUAUGUGGCUAAGACUAAGAAUUCUUGAUUUAGUUCUUCGUCUUCGAUCAUCUUGUUGAUUAACCUGCUAGUUUCAGAGGUUUCUCAAAUGGGUUCUCUGCAACUUUACCUUAUUGUCAGUCUUUCAUGGGCUUUUUUCUUUCCCUAUACCCAUCAGCUACAAUCCUCUCAGACCCAAAUCCUGUUGCAGAUCAGGAAACAUUUGGAGUACCCUUCUUCCUUGGAAGUUAUGAACACUUUCGAUGGUGACCUCUGUAAUGUUUCCCCAUCUCGAGAGAUGACCAUUGCGUGCCAGAACAAUGUAGUGACUGAACUCCGAAUUAUGGGGGAUAAGUUUGUCAAAUUUAGAGGGUUCAAUGGGGUUCCAAUUCCAAAUCAAACUCUAUCUGAGAGAUUUUCCAUAGGUUCCUUCGUUACCACAUUGUCAAGGUUAAGUAGCUUGCGGGUUCUUAGCUUAAUUUCUUUGGGAAUUUGGGGGCCACUUCCUGAAAAAAUUCAUCGCCUCUCCUCUCUUGAGUUCUUGGAUUUGAGCUCAAAUUUCAUAUUUGGUCAAAUCCCACCUAAAAUUUCUACCAUGGUUCAACUCUAUUCAAUGGUUCUCGAUGGUAAUUACUUCAAUGAUACAGUCCCGGAUUGGCUUGACUCCUUAACGAACCUUACCUUUUUGAGCUUGAAAAGAAAUAGACUCACCGGUCAAUUUCCCUCUUCAUUAUGCAGAAUUAGAACACUAGCCGACGUUUCUCUGUCUCACAAUGAAAUUUCUGGGGAAUUGCCCGACUUGAGUGCUUUGACCAAUUUGAAUGUGUUGGACAUGAGAGACAAUAAGUUAAACUCUGUUCUUCCAGUCAUGCCAAAAGGACUAGUUACACUUCUACUUAGCAAGAAUGCGUUAUCUGGCGAAAUUCCUAAGCACUUUGGUCGGAUGGCUCAGCUUCAACAUCUUGAUCUAUCAUCCAAUCAACUGACGAGGUCACCACCUCCUUUCUUGUUCAAUUUGCCAAACAUUACAUACCUUAAUUUAGCUUCAAAUAAGAUGAGUGGAUCCCUUCCAAAUCCUCUAAGGUGCAGUACAAAACUUGGGUAUGUUGAUAUUUCAGACAACAAGUUAACUGGAGCUCUUCCCACUUGUUUGGGAAGUUCUUCAGACAAGAGAAUGGUUAAAUUUGGUGGGAAUUGUUUUUCUUCUGAUUUGCAACAUCAGCAUGAAGCAUCAUUUUGUGCAGAAUCCCUUACAGAGACCGGAAAAUCUAGAAGAAUAGAAAAACUGUUGAUUGUUGCUGCCUUCGUCAGUGGAGCUAUAAUUCUUAUCGUGCUUUUACCCUUUGGACUUAUCUUUCUGUACCGAAGGCUCUGUAAAAGAACAGUACAAGAACUGUCGGUACCGCCAAAAGUUGUACAAGAAAAUUCAACUACUGCAGUUCCAUCUGAGCUAUUAGCAAGUGCCAGGUUCAUUUCUCAAGCUAUGAAGCUAGGUGCCCAGACUGUUCCAAUGUGUCGAUCAUUUUCUUUUCAAGAGCUAAAGGAUGCUACAAAAGACUUUGAUAAAUCAAUGCUCUUGGGAGAGGGUUCUAUAGGAAAGCUCUAUAGAGGAAAACUGGAAAAUGGGACUCUUGUUGCUGUAAGGUGCUUACCUUUAUCCAAGAAAUAUUCAGUACAAAACCUUAAAGUUCGGCUGGAUGUUCUUUCGAAGCUUCACCACCCCCAUUUAGUUGGCCUCUUUGGUCACUGUAUUGAGGGAGACGGACAUGACUACUCAACUGUCAAGCAAGUUGUUCUUCUUGUAUACGAAUACGUGUCAACUGGGAAUUACCGCACUCUUUUGACAGAAACUUAUCCAGAGAAGGUCUUGAAGUGGUCAGAUAGGUUGACAAUUUUGAUUGGAGUUGCCAAGGCCAUUCACUUUCUGCAUACAGGGGUCAUUCCUGGUUCGUUCAAUAAUCGUUUGAAAACAAACAAUAUAUUGCUUGAUGAACACCGAAUUCCAAAGCUUAGUGACUAUGGCACAUCGAUUAUCACCGAAGAAAUUGAAAAACAUGAGGCAAAGGGAGAAGGCACAAAAUCAAGCAACAGGAAAAACUUGGUGGAGGAUGAUGUUUACAAUUUUGGAUAUAUAUUACUGGAAUCACUUGUUGGGCCUAUAGUAACUGGAAGAGAAGAAACAUUUCUUCUAAAUGACAUGGCAUCCUUCGGCAGCACGGAUGGGCGGAGACGAAUCGUCGAUCCAGUCGUGUUGACCACCUGCUCCCAAGAGUCAUUAUCAAGAGUUAUAUCUAUCACGAAGAAAUGCAUAUCGACCGACGUAUUGUCUCGGCCCUCAUUCGAGGAUGUGCUGUGGAACUUGCAGUAUGCUGCUCAAGUCCAGGCCUCUACUGAUGCUGAGCAAAAGUCUGAUUCCAUAUCUUAGCAGUACAUAUUACACGUUAGAGUCUUGCUAA